CGCAAUUGCCCAUGCUCUCUCCAUUUGCUCCCUCCCCACUCUCUCAAGCUUUAUACCUGCUUCUAAGAGAAAAAAGAAACGAGUAAUUGGUAUGUUCCCUUUAAACAAAGCUUUAAAACCACUGGCGGUUUUCGGGCAAUGACAUAUGGGCCUUCUCCGGCGAAUUUUUGGCCCCAAGAAGACGGAGAGUACGCCGUCGGGGAGGGAGAGGAGGAGAUGGAGCUUCACGAGAUCUUCCAGCGGGAUGCUGUCCCAGUUCAACAAGCGAGACGCGCCGUUGCCUCAAUGUGAAGGCAACUUGGACGCUAACAAGCAUGCCAUAGCGGUGGCUGCCGCUACUGCUGCGGUGGCAGAGGCCGCUCUCGCCGCGGCUCAUGCGGCGGCAGAGGUGGUUAGGCUCACUAGUGGUGGUGGAAGGAGCUGUGGCCCCUCGGCGCACGUUAGCGUGAGCCAUCAACGUUGGGCACAGGAGACUUUCGCUGCGGUGAAGAUACAGUCGGCUUUUCGCGGUUAUCUGGCAAGGAGGGCUUUGAGAGCCUUGAAAGCAUUGGUCAAGCUUCAAGCCUUGGUGAGGGGUCAUAUUGUGAGAAAACAGACAACGGAUAUGCUUAGACGCAUGCAAACAUUGGUCAGGGUGCAAGCCCGAGCUCGUGCUACUCGCACACACAUGUCAGAAUCUUUUCACUCAGUUGGCAGGCCCCCCCAUUCUCGGCAUAAUAAGUGUAGUUCAAAUUCGAAUUUGAGGGAGAUGAUUGGUGUAGACAAAGUUCAGGUUGGCUCAAAUUGGUUGGACCGCUGGAUGGAGGAAAGUUUAUGGAACAGCAAUAGGGAUGCUCCACAGAGACAUGGGCAUCUAGAUGAUGAAAAGAAUGACAAGAUUCUGGAAGUGGAUACUUGGAAGCCUCACUUGAACUCUCAUCAAGGUAGCAGGACCUUCCGAACAUCUCAGCACAGUUUGGCUCCAGAACAUAAAAAUCACAGCUUUGUGACAAGUGAUUCUCCAAAGAAAGUUGCCACUCAAGCUCUGAAUUCAAUGCCAAACGUCCCCCAUGGGGAAGUUUAUUCAUUAGGGUCUCUGAAGUUUUCUGCAGGGAAAAAUGAUGUUACUUCAAGGACAGCGGACAACAGUCCACAAGUGCAUUCUGCAUCUUCUAGGCCUGGAAGCAGUUCCAGGAGGAAUCCUUUUACUCCCACAAAGAGUGAGUACUCGUGGGGUUUCUUCAGCGCAUACUCCAGUUAUCCAAACUACAUGGCUAACACAGAAUCAUCUCGAGCUAAGGUUAGGUCACAUAGUGCUCCAAGGCAAAGGCUGGAGUUUGAAAAAUAUGGUUCGACGAAGAGAUCUACUCACGAAUACUGGGAUUCAGAGAGAUGUUUUACCCAACACCCCGACAUUUGGAACAAAGCUUAUCCAGCAUUCGAACGCCCAAACAAACAUGGAAAUUCCAAUCUGAGGUGAUUACGGAGGUUUCAUUUUCUCCCCUUUGUUUUGGAGUGUGUGGCAGCCAUGCCAGAAUUGUAAUUAGUAGACUUCAUUUUUACAAACUCUUAUAGCUGCUUCGUCCAACCUUGUCUUUAUUGUGAAUGGACCACGAUAUCGGUACUAAUUUUAUUGUCUUCAGCAUCUUUCAGAUGCUGUUAUGGUGUGCCUUGAUAAAAGCUUAUUGCUUUCGUCCUUGUAUCAUAGUCUCCUUAUUACCA